GUCCAUAGCUAACGCUGUAUUAAAAACAAAGAACUUUCAAUUUUACACGUUCUGCCAUUUACAUCGUCCUUGACCUUCAUCAAGUUGCAUGGAGAGUUUAGGGUGAAGGUCACUUUACAGAAUGGCAGCCCGAUUUAUCAGCAGACCGCUUUCCCGACUAUGCAUGCUUCAGAAGCAAGUCGGCUUACAAAACGUGAAGUGCCACAAACAGAUCCAAACCCAUCAUUUCAUCAGCAAUACUUGUAUUCUGUCAAGGACAAUUUCCACAGGCUCUCCUCACCUCAGUGCUAAGGUCCAGGAUCCUGCUCCACAGUUUUCCGGAACCGCGGUUGUCGAUGGACAGUUCAAGGAAAUCAAACUGUCUGACUACAAAGGGAAAUACCUUGUGCUGUUCUUCUAUCCACUAGAUUUUACGUUUGUCUGUCCGACGGAGAUCAUCGCAUUCAGUGACAGCAUGGACAAGUUCAAACAACUCAACACUGAGGUGAUAGGGGUCUCCACAGACUCACACUUCAGCCAUCUCGCGUGGAUCAACAUGCCACGGAAGGAAGGGGGACUGGGAGGUCUGAAGUAUCCGCUGCUGUCAGACUUCAACAAGACAAUCUCCAGAGACUACGGGGUUCUCGUCGAGGAACAGGGGCUGGCUCUGAGGGGUUUGUUUAUCAUAGAUCCGAACAGCACUGUCCGACAAGUGACGGUCAAUGACCUCCCAGUCGGGCGGUCAGUUGAUGAAACAAUACGACUCAUUCAGGCAUUCCAAUUCGUUGAGAAACACGGAGAAGUGUGCCCUGCAAACUGGAAACCGGACUCUGCGACCAUCAAACCGUCCCCCACAGAAUCCAAGGAAUACUUCAGCAAAGUCAACUGAUGGAAGACAACAGCAACGUCUCCAGCCAAACCCAAUGAAUCUUUUUUUUAGUGACUAAUAAAAGACUGUAGUGUUAAAUGUCAUGUGAUGUCCGUGUGUAAAAUAAGAUAAUAGGGACACUGGAAGAGGAUCUAGGGUGUGGUGUGUGGACUGGAGGGAGUAGGGAGUGGGUGGGUGUUACAGGCUCAUUUGAUCUACAUAAUACAAUUAUUUGUCUUGUAUUUUAGAUCUGAUGUAUGUUUCUGAAUUGUCUACAAAGAGGUGCUUCUCACUAAGGUGCAAUAUAUAUAUAUAGGGCUGCUACUAAUGGAAAAACAUGACAGGUCUCUAAGACCGUCAAAGUUACCAAAUGUUUGUUAUCUGAUGAUUAAUAAAUGAAUGUUCUCUACUAGUGGUGUCAUUAAA